AUUAUAUCUUUCUCUUCCUUUUUCUUUCCAAAUCCUCCAGUUUUUAAUUCCAACAUUUCUCAUUCUUUGAUCAAUGGCUGAAGUUUUGCUACCGAGAAAGAUGGAGAUUCCCAACGAUCCUUCAAAGUUUGGAUCUCCGGAUCCUCUUCAUGUUCUUGCCGUCGACGACAGUCACGUUGAUCGGAAAUUCAUCGAGCGUUUGCUCAGAGUCUCUUCUUGUAAAGUUACUGUUGUUGACAGUGCAACAAGAGCUCUCCAAUACCUUGGAUUGGAUGUUGAGGAAAAAUCCGUCGGUUUUGAGGAUUUGAAGGUUAACUUAAUUAUGACGGAUUACUCAAUGCCCGGUAUGACUGGAUAUGAACUCUUGAAGAAGAUCAAAGAAUCCUCAGCUUUUAGACAAGUACCGGUGGUGAUUAUGUCAUCUGAGAACAUUUUGCCUCGUAUUGAUAGAUGUCUUGAAGAAGGGGCUGAAGAUUUCUUACUGAAGCCAGUAAAACUCUCGGAUGUAAAAAGAUUAAGAGAUUCUCUAAUGAAAGUUGAAGAUUUAUCUUUCACAAAGAGUAUUCAGAAGAGAGAGCUAGAAACAGAGAACGUCUACCCUGUUCACUCACAGCUCAAACGCGCGAAGAUCUGAGCUCUCCGAUGCAAAUUCCAUGACUGGAUCUUAGAAAAAGCUUUUUAUAUACAGAAGCUUCAAGACUCAAUGAACUUGAGCCUAACAC